AUGGAAGAAGAUAUUGUGUUUCAGCUCCAGGCAGUAAAGGACACUCAAAUCAAGACGGAAUUGAAGUUGAAAGAAAUGGAAGACAAAAUGUGCGAGCUGGAAGACAGAUCAAGAAGGUUGAACUUAAGGUUCAGAAAUAUUCCUGAGGACAUAUUAGAUGCUCAACUAUAUGAUUUUUUGAUAAAAUAUUUUAACUGUCUGGGGGUCCUUACGGCACAGCAAGAUAUUAAGUUGUCUCAGUACCACCGUCUUUCCUAUAGAAAGGAAGAUCAAUUGUACCCACGUGAUGUUAUUGUAGCGUUCGUUUCAUAUGAUCUCAGGACUCAGAUCCUCCAGUCUGCGAGGAAGACGAAGAUAAACGAUGAAAAGUUUACAGCAUUAAAAGUGUUAACAGACGUCUCUUACUUAACGAGGCAAAGAAGAAAUUUAUUUUCCACGGUUUUCCGUGUCUGA